UUGACAGAAAAAAAGAAAAAAACUUCCGGUCUUCAUUUCUUCUUUUCAACUCAAAAGAAAAUCAAAAAAGCACUGCCCUUUCCUCUCGGUGUUACUGUCCUAGCAGUGCAUCGGAGUUCAUCGCGAUCUCACAAUCCUCUUCUCCUCCAAUUCCAUUACAGAAUUCGUCGUUGUUCGUAGCGUCCAAGCUUCCUUCAAGAUCUGAAUUCUGCUUCAUCUAUUUCUGAUUUCGGCGAUGCACUGAAGUUGUAGGUUGAGUUUGAUUAACGCGAUUCAAUGGAGUGGAGUACGUUGCAGCAUCUAGAUCUACGCCAUAUAGGGCGUGGCGUUAGGCCUUUGCAGCCUCACGCUGCUUCCUUCCAUCCUCAUCAAGCUCUUGUUGCUGUCGCCAUUGGAACCUACAUCGUCGAAUUUGAUGCAUUAACUGGAAGCAAGAUCUCCGCUCUUGACAUUGGUGCGCCUGCUGUUCGAAUGUCUUACAGUCCAACAAGUGGACACACUGUAAUUGCAAUCCUCCAGGAUUGUACAAUAAGAUCUUGUGAUUUUGACUUGGAGCAAACUUGUGUACUGCAUUCACCUGAGAAAAAGACCGAGCAAAUUUCUUCUGAUGCAGAAGUUCACAUGGCUUUAACCCCACUCCAACCUGUUGUGUUUUUUGGGUUCCCUAAGAGAAUGAGUGUGACAGUUGUUGGCACUGUUGAAGGCGGUCGGACACCUACCAAAAUCAAGCCAGACUUGAAGAAAGCUAUCGUAAAUCUUGCUUGUCAUCCUCGCCUCCCUGUACUGUAUGUUGCUUAUGCAGAAGGUUUGAUUCGGGCAUAUAACAUUCAUACCUAUGCUGUUCAUUACACACUUCAACUUGACAAUACAAUUAAGCUUAUUGGGGCUGGUGCAUUUGCAUUUCAUCCAACUCUGGAGUGGAUUUUUGUUGGGGAUCGGAAAGGUACACUUCUGGCAUGGGAUGUAUCAACAGAGAGACCAAGUAUGAUUGGAAUAAAACAAGUUGGCUCACAACCAAUUAAAUCAGUUGCCUUUCUCCCCAUGUUGCGUUUACUUGUGACUUUAUCAAAGGAUGGAAAUCUACACGUUUGGGAAACACGCGUUACAGUUAAUCCUAAUAGACCUGCUACGCAGGCGAACUUUUUCGAGCCUGCAGCAAUUGAAUCAAUUGAUAUCCCUCGCAUCCUUUCUCAACAGGGUGGAGAAGCAGUUUAUCCAUUGCCACGGAUUAAAGCUUUAGAAUUUCAUCCAAAAUUGAAUUUAGCUGCACUAGUGUUUGCAAAUGUGACAAGUGCAGACACUUCAAAAAAUAAGGCCUCAUACAGUAAAGAAGGGAGAAAGCAACUUUUUACAGUUUUACAAAGUGCACGGGGAUCUUCAGCAUCUGUUAUAAAGGAAAAACUUUCAGCCUUGGGAGCAUCUGGGGUGUUAGCAGAACAUCAGCUUCAAGCUCAACUACAAGAGCAUCAUCUGAAAGGCCAGAGUCAUCUUACAGUAUCAGACAUUGCAAGGAAGGCAUUUCUUUACAGUCAUUUCAUGGAGGGCCAUAUGAGAAUCUCUCCAAUAUCACGCUUGCCCCUCAUUACUGUUUUAGAUACCAAGCAUCAUCUGAAGGACUUUCCAGUUUGUGAGCCAUUUCAUUUGGAGCUAAAUUUUUUUAAUAAAGCAAACCGAGUUCUUCAUUAUCCAUCCAGGGCGUUUUAUAUUGACGGACUGAACCUUAUGGCACAUAACCUUUCGUCUGGGUCUGACACUAUCUACAGGAAGCUCUAUAAUUCGAUUCCUGGAAAUGUGGAGUACCGAGCAAAAUACUUGAUUCACAGUAAAAAACAGCGCUUAUUUCUCGUAGUUUACGAAUUUAGUGGUGCGACAAAUGAAGUUGUGCUUUACUGGGAAAAUAGUGAUGCACAGACAGGAAACAGUAAAAGCAGCACAGUAAAAGGUCGAGACGCAGCAUUUAUUGGCUCCAAUGAAAAUCAGUUUGCUAUACUUGAUGAGGACAGGACAGGGUUGGCUUUAUAUUCUCUGCCAGGAGGUGCCUCUCAAGAAGCUAAGGACAAUGAUAAAGUUCUUGAAGAAAAUCAACCUACAGAGACUAAUGUUGGUUCAAUUCGUGGCCCAACACCAUUUAUGUUUGAAACUGAAGUUGAUCGUAUCUUUUCUACACCAUUAGAUUCAACUUUGCUGUUUGCUUCUCAUGGGAACCAAAUUGGAUUAGUAAAGCUCAUUCAAGGGUACACCUUAUCAACUUCAACUACCAAUGGCCAUUAUAUAUCCACCAAAAGUGAUGGAACAAAGUCAAUUAAGUUGAAAAGAAACGAAAUUGUACUUCAGGUGCACUGGCAAGAGACCCUACGGGGAUAUGUUGCUGGAAUUUUAACAACACACAGAGUCCUUAUUGUUUCGGCGGCACUUGAUUUGCUUGCCGGAACUUCUACAAAUUUUGACAAGGGACUUCCUUUAUUUCGAUCUCUCUUGUGGGUUGGGCCUGCCCUUCUUUUCUCUACUUCUACCGGCGUUAGUAUACUUGGUUGGGAUGGAAAAGUGAGGCCUCUUUUAUCAAUCAGUAUGCCAUAUGCAGUCUUGGUUGGGGCUUUGAAUGACAGAUUGUUGCUCGCUAGCCCUACAGAGAUAAAUCCCAGACAGAAGAAGGGGGUAGAGAUCAAAAGUUGCCUCGUUGGUCUUCUUGAACCAAUUCUUAUUGGAUUUGCCACAAUGCAGCGAAGUUUUGAGCAGAAGCUUGAUCUGUCCGAAAUAUUAUAUCAAAUAACAUCGAGGUUCGACAGCUUGCGCAUAACACCUAGGUCUCUAGAUAUCCUUGCAAGAGGAUCUACGGUCUGUGGAAAUUUAGCUGUCUCGUUAUCACAAUCUGGUCCACAGUUCACCCAGGUGAUGCGAGGUGUCUAUGCUGUUAAUGCUCUUCGUUUUUCCACUGCUUUAUCUGUUUUGAAAGAUGAAUUUCUGCGCUCCAGAGAUUAUCCAAGAUGUCCUCCCACAUCUCAUUUGUUUCACCAGUUCAGGCAGUUGGCUUAUGCAUGUAUCAGGUUUGGUCAAUUUGAUAGUGCAAAAGAAACAUUUGAAGUUAUAGCGGAUUAUGAAGGCAUGCUUGAUCUAUUUAUAUGCCACCUUAAUCCCAGCGCUAUGCGGCGUAUUGCUCAGAAAUUGGAAGACGAAGGCCUUGACUCCGAAUUGAGGCGAUAUUGUGAAAGAAUAUUACGAGUUCGAUCUUCUGGAUGGACACAAGGUAUAUUUGCCAACUUUGCUGCUGAGAGUAUGGUUCCCAAAGGACCUGAAUGGGGUGGUGGAAACUGGGAAAUUAAAACCCCAACCACUGUGAAGGACAUACCUCAAUGGGAGCUUGCUGCAGAAGUGACACCAUACAUGAAGACUGAUGAUGGAACAAUUCCAUCCAUUAUAGUUGAUCAUAUUGGUGUGUAUUUAGGCUCAAUUAAAGGAAGGGGUAAUAUUGUUGAAGUGAGGGAAGGUAGUUUGGUUAAGGCCUUCAUGCCAGCAGGUAAUGAUAAUAAAGUAAAUGGUCUUGAAGCAUCUUCAGUCAAGUCCAUAUCUAAUCUACCGAAUGUGGUUGGUGAUCCCAACGGUGAUUCAUUGAUGGGUCUGGGAAGCCUUAACAAACAACUUGUCAGUUCAUCUGCGGAUGAGCAGGCUAAAGCCGAAGAAGAAUUUAAGAAAUCUAUGUACGGAGCUGCUGAUGAUGGUAGCAGUAGUGAUGAAGAAGGAGUGUCCAAAAUUAAAAGAAUACACAUUAAAAUACAUGACAAGCCAAUUUCCUCUUCUACUGUGGAUGUGAAUAAGAUUAAAGAAGCCACUAGACAGUUUAAACUUGGUGAAGGGUUACCUCCACCAAUGAGGACCAGGACAAACAGCGGAAGCCAGGAUCUUGGCCAGAUCUUGUCCAUGCCACCAUCAACUACAGGAGUAGCUUCUGCUACUGUUUCAGCUCCUGUUGACCUUUUCGGUACAGAAGCCUCAACUCAACCAGAAUUAAUUUCACAGCCCACUACUGGGCUUGCAGGUGGGGGAGUUACAACAGGACCUAUUCCUGAGGAUUUCUUUCAGAAUACAAUUUCUUCUGUUCACGUUGCUGCAUCACUGCCUCCUGCUGGAACUUUUCUCUCAAAAUUUACUCCAGGGGUUCAAACAAGCAAUGCAACUCCAAAUCAAGGUGCUGCCGAGGCUGCUUCUAGUUUUCAAGGUGGUGUUUCUGCUCAAGCCAUCCGACAACCUGUUGUUCCAAUUGAUUCCAUAGGACUUCCUGAUGGUGGUGUCCCACCCCAAUCCAUGCCUCAGGCUGUAGUCACGCCCCAAUCUCAGCUGCAGCCUACUCAGCCUCAAAUUUCUAGCCAGCCUCUUGACCUUAGUGUACUUGGAGUACCAAAUUCUGCUGAUUCAGGGAAGCUUCCACAAACUGGUUCUGCACCAGUUUCCGUGCAUCCUGGACAGGUUCCCCGUGGGGCUCCUGCUGCUGUAUGUUUCAAGACUGGACUUGCCCACUUGGAACUAAACCAUCUUUCAGAUGCGUUGUCUUGCUUUGAUGAAUCUUUUCUUGCAUUGGCCAAGGAACAAUCUCGUGGAAGUGAUAUUAAAGCUCAAGCAACAAUUUGUGCUCAAUACAAAAUAGCAGUCACUCUUCUUCGGGAAAUCGGACGUCUACAAAGAGUCCAUGGCCCAAGUGUAAUCAGUGCAAAAGAUGAGAUGGCAAGACUUUCACGUCAUCUCGGGUCAUUGCCUCUUCUUGCUAAACACAGAAUAAAUUGCAUUCGAACUGCCAUCAAAAGGAAUAUGGAGGUCCAAAACUAUGCAUAUUCAAAGCAAAUGCUAGAACUAUUACUGUCUAAAGCACCUUCAAACAAGCAGGAAGAAUUUAGGAGUCUAGUUGACCUGUGUGUUCAGAGGGGCUUGACUAAUAAGUCCAUUGAUCCUUUAGAAGAUCCCUCACAUUUCUGUGCUGCCACUUUAAGCAGGCUGUCUACCAUUGGAUAUGACGUGUGUGAUCUCUGUGGGGCCAAAUUUUCGGCCGUGAAUGCACCUGGAUGCAUCGUGUGUGGAAUGGGAAGCAUCAAAAGGUCUGAUGCUAUUGCAGGACCAGUUUCUUCACCAUUUGGCUGAGUCUCCAAGAUAUUUUUAACAAAACUUGCUGUAACUUGUUACCCCCUAAUGAAGUUGUUGUAAAGAACUACAUUCUAGAGAAAUAUACAAGGGAUUGGGAAUAUAAUUCUUGAACCAAAAUCUGGAGAUUAUAGGGUUUCUCUGUUGUGCACUCUGCGUGUGAGAUUGUGAUGUUUCCUCGGCUUUUUUCCUUCUCUCCCUAUGAUAAAUUCCGUGAUUACAUGUUUUCUUCUGAUUUUGUAAUUAUGUUGUACAUCUGCAUAGAUGGAAGUACAUUGUUAGAGAGCAAGCUUGUAUAUUUGUAAGGGUAUAUUUGAAAGAUUUGUUGUGUUCA